AUGUUUUGGAGCGACCGAAUUGCCGUAUCCUUGCUUCUUAAGAGAGGUACCAGGACACCUGAACUUCGCCUAACUCUCAUGAGCUAUUCUGUCCUCCUGAUCCCGACCGGAAUCCUGUUGUAUGGUUGGACAGUAGAGAAGACCAUUUUCUGGCUGGUGCCGAUGACCGGUUCUGCCCUUUUUGGAAUGGGCAUUAUGCUUCUCUUUGCACCAAGCAUGUCAUACCUUUUAGAAGCCUUCCCGGUUCAUGCCGUCUCCGCCAUCACUGCCUUGAUGAUGUUGAGUGGCAUUUUUGGUGCUUUCUUACCAAUCAUAGGACCUCCUAUGUAUUUUGCUUCGGGGUUGGGCUGGGGAACUACUAUCAUGGCUGGGAUCGCUGCAGCCAUGGCGCCGAUACCUUGGCUUAUUAUGAAAAAUGGGCAAGGCAUGAGGGUGAAAUACUCGCAUCAAGCUUGUUAG